GGGCGGCUGCAGGGGCGGCGGAGGCGCUGAGCGAGCGGAGCCGGCCGGCUGCAGGGUUCCUCCCCCCGGCCCCGGCCCGGCCCCGGCCCCGCGCCCGGCCCGCCCCGCCCCGGGAGAGGCGCCGACCGCAGCGCCCGGGCGCCGGGGAGGGAGCGGCAGGUCCCCGGCUUUGCGCGGCUCCGAGCCCCCGGGGGUCUCCUCGCCGGGAGCAGGGGACCGGCCGCUGGAAGUUGCCGGGCGUGGCUCGGAGCUGGGGGCUUCCCCAGCACUGGCAACACAGUGGGUCUGUCUCCCUUAAGUCACUCUGAUUCCUUAAAGUUGUUCUGGCUGAAACUUUGACAGUACGGAUAAGUCAACUCAAAGGGUGCUCCCAAGAUCUGAUGGAUUUCUGAUAGCGUGCUCCUGAAGAGCUGGAAAGAGCAUGGUUAAACACCAACCACUCCAGUACUAUGAGCCGCAGUUAUGUUUGUCAUGCCUGACUGGGAUCUAUGGCUGCCGUUGGAAACGGUACCAGCGGUCACAUGAUGACACCACAAAGUGGGAACGACUCUGGUUCUUAAUCCUCACCUUCACUUUCUUCCUGACACUAGUCUGGUUUUAUUUCUGGUGGGAAGUUCACAAUGACUACAAUGAAAUCAACUGGUAUUUAUAUAACCGAAUGGGAUAUUGGAGUGACUGGUCCAUUCCAAUACUUGUAACAGCUGCUGCUGGCUUUCUGUAUAUCACGGCGUUAUUGAUUUUAGCACUAUGUCACAUAGCUGUGCGACAGCAAAUGAACCUACACUGGCUCCACAAGAUUGGCUUGAUGGCGACCUUGGUAGUUACUGUAGUAACCAUGUCUUCUAUAGCACAACUUUGGGAUGAUGAAUGGGAGAUGGUAGUUAUUUCAAUGCAAGCCACAGCUCCCUUUCUGCACAUAGGAGCCCUGGCUGCAGUCACGGCCCUGUCUUGGUUGAUAGCUGGGCAGUUUGCAAGAACGGAAAAAGCCACUUCACAGAUGUUGAUAUUCACUGCAUACUUUGCCAUCGUAGUUGCACUUUACCUCGUUCCCCUCACUGUCUCUUCCCCUUGUAUAAUGGAGAAGAAGGACCUGGGACCAAAACCUGCCAUCAUUGGCCAUCGUGGUGCACCAAUGCUGGCGCCAGAAAACACUCUGAUGUCCUUCCAAAAAGCAGUGGAGCAGAAAAUACAUGGAGUGCAAGCUGACAUAGCGAUAAGCUAUGAUGGGGUGCCAUUCCUUAUGCAUGACAAGACACUCAGGAGGACAACUAAUGUGGAGGAAGUGUUUCCAGAACUGGCCUACGAGCAUUCUUGCAUGUUCAACUGGACUGACCUGGAGAGGCUUAAUGCUGGAAAAUGGUUUCUAAGGAGUGACCCCUUCUGGACUGCUGGCUCCCUCUCAGAUUCAGAUUACCUGGAAGCUGCAAACCAAUCGGUCUGUAAGCUGGUUGAUAUGUUGCAGAUCGUCAAGGACAACGUGUCGGUGAUCUUGAACUUUCAGGACCUGCCACGAGAUCAUCCAUACCACAGCACUUACAUCAACAUUACCCUGCAAACCAUACUGGACUCCGGGAUCCAGCAGCAGGCUGUGAUGUGGCUGCCCAACACGGAGCGGCAGCUGGUGAGGCAAAUUGCUCCAGGUUUCCAGCAGACUUCUGACAUCAAAGCAGACGCGGAGCACUUGAGAGACAAAGGCAUCAAACAGCUGAACCUGCGGUACACUAAGGUCACCAGUGAGGACAUCAGGGAAUACACAGCCGCGAACCUGAGUGUUAAUCUCUACAUUGUGAAUGAACCAUGGCUGUACUCUAUCCUGUGGUGUGCUGGUGUUCAGUCUGUCACGUCUGAUAGCUCACAAAUCCUUAGCAAGGUGCCUUUUCCCAUUUGGCUAAUGCCUCCACACGAGUACAAUCUAAUCUGGAUAACAGCUGAUCUCAUUUCAUUUACCAUAAUUGUAGGAGUUUUUAUAUUCCAGAACUAUCACAUGAUCAGAUGGCGUCUGGGAAGCAUAAGGACCUACAACCCAGAGCAAAUCAUGCUCAGUGCUGCUGUCCGCAGGUCCAGCAGGGACGUCAAAAUCAUGAAGGAGAAAUUGAUCUUUUCAGAAAUAAACAACGGCAUGGAGAAUGCAGAUGAGCUGUCGUUGUGUUCUGAAAACGGUUACUCCAAUGAGGGUAUCACCCCCAUGGAUCGUCGGGACAUGAAACUACGCAUGGACUGAGGAAUUAAAGGCCCAUGGCACAACACCCUCCCCCCGCCGCCCCGCAAUACUCCAUUCUUCAAUGGGUGGUAUUCACGCGGUCUGGGAUGGGGGAACACUCUGUGAAACUACUGAACAUACAGAGACCCCUUCUAUUGCUCUUGUUGCUGGCUCCUGACAUACUCUGGACUGUGAGGCUGGGGCAGCUUUUUGUAAAUGUGUAGAAAGUCUUUUUUUUGUCUCUCUUGUGUAUUUUGGGGGGUUGUAUGUAUUUCUUCCAGGGCACAAGUGGGAAUAACUUGUGCACUGAAACAGGAACAUUUUGGCUGAAUCUGAUGAAAUACUGAGGUGGCAUCUUGGACGCUGGGGGAGACAGGUGGGGCAUGGACCUGAUCCUCCCCCUCCACUCCACUCUUCUCCUUGGUGCAGCGAUUGUUAGCUGAACUUGUUUAAAAAUUAUGUUGUGACGUUCUUGUGACGUAUCAUGUCUUUUUCUGGCUAAUGAAGUUUUAACUAAUCAGAUGGAAGGCUGUUCAGAGCUUCCUAGCAGGAGGGAAGGUGCUGCUCCCAGAGUGUGUUCGGAACCAGUGGAAGGAAUCGGGUUGGCUGACUCACGUUCACGCCUUCCCCCAGAAUAGCAGGACCAAAGCAUGCAGGGAUCGUAUGAAAUAUAUGAUAGAAAGUGCUCAGAGCAAAACCCUUGGCAAGUUUUAUGGCCUAUGUUGCAGUCCUUCCACAGAGAAAUAUCUUCUAGAUGCUCCUGGGCUGGUGAAGACCUUAAAUAGACCCCUAGUUUGUAUUUCAUAAGUCAGCCUCCAUGAAGAGUCUUGAUUCCAUGAUGGCUAGUAAAGAGGACCCACCACCUUGUUCAUCACCCAGAUCCAGCUGAAGUGCCCGCCACUUAGAACAGGUGGUGUAGUCUGUGUUAACCCUUAAACUGGUGGUGGGGAAGGGAAGUCACAAUCAGCAGUGGCAUGGAAGCCAGUGUUUCUCAGUCACAGGUCAAGCAGCUCAGCUUGAAGAAUUGAAGCUUGAAGAAGCAGUGAAGAAUUCUGGAUUGUAAAUAAUAAAGCACAAAGUGAAGCAGUCUAGGAGAACAAGGGAGACCUUCUCCUUAAUUCUUUGUUGUCUAGAAGCAGUAUCUUUUUUUAAAAGACUGCACAUUAAUUUCCUCCAAAGGAGCAAUAAUGACAGAAAAUGAGGUGCUUGCACAGAAUAGGAGCUACCGUUUGCAUUUUUUUCAGUGCAAGAGGCUUUAAACCAAAAUCCUACAUUAUAAUAAAGCCCAGAAAUUGAGUGGAUCAGUGAUGCAUUUUCCCCCCUCUUCCAAAUGUCAAUAUUUAUUUUCUCCGUCAACUCCUCCUCCCACUCCCCCAAACACUUCUCCCACUCUUUUCACACAUCACAGUUGGGCCACAAAUUAAAGUCCAGGCACUUGCCCUUUUUGACUAGUUUUUCCCUUCUCUCACUGAAAUGAGUCAAGUAUUGGGCUAUUUAGCUUUUUCACUAUUUUGCCUGUUCUAAAGUCUGUUGCAGCCAGAGAAAAGAAUCCCAUAGACUUCAGUAGGCUUUGGAUGAAUCCCUAAUCUUUUGUGGUAUUUGUUAGUUUUGCUUCUUUACUGUAGCUUGGCUAACACAGAAAUGUGGAAUAGGGGAAAUACCAUUGAUCACUUCUUUUGAAGUUUGUCAAAUGCUGAGUCAAGUCUGUGAUUCUUCAAUCAAAAUUGAGGUGAAAUGGGAUUUAUUUGCAGAGUACUGCCUGAGGAAACUGAAGCCAUGGCGUUUACCUUGCUAAACAGAGAGCAAACUCUGUUUAGGGUUUGCUGUAAAGUUGUAUUGGAUGCCAGAUGUAGUGUGUGUUAAUGGGUUUGCCAAACCAUAGUGAGAAUAGAAAUACUGUCAUGAAAUUAUUUUCAAAAUGAUUAAAAAUGUAAACAUUCCCCAGCAGUGUUAGAAAGCCAAACCCAGAGGUGUUGUGUCUGGUGCAUAAGAACUGGGAAGUGAAACUGACUAGAAACAGAAAGUGAAAUUGACAGAUCUAAUUGAAUGAAGAGCAAAAUGUCAACAGCAUCUAGGUGGUGGGAGGAAAAAAUUCUCCUUGAAUCUUUUGUUUUUAAUAAUCAAAGAUGUAACACAGGUAAGGAAUUAAAUAUAUUUAUAUUAUA